GCGCGCACGCGUUUUGUGUUUGACGUGUUGGUUGUCAAAAGUUCAAAACGCUCGCGACACCGAUUUCGUAACGUUCUGUGCUAGUGAAUUUCAAUAUUUACCAUUGUUAUUUAAUUAAAACAAACUUGUAAUGGAUACGAACGAUCGAAAAGUAAAUUCGCGUACGCAUUCGAUCACAAUGAAUCGUGAUUCCAAGUUUAUUUUGCGAAAAAUCAUAAUGGAUUUCGCGAUUCUGUUUUGCGUUGGUUUCCUCAUACUGUCAUUCUACCUGUGGGGCACCCCGUACAAGCGGGGCUUCUUCUGCGACGACGAGUCCCUCAAACACCCCUACCGGGAGUCCACUGUAACCAACCUCAUGCUGUAUAUUGUUGGCCUAUGCCUUCCUGUUGUAACGAUGUGCCUUACGGAAUGGAUCCACCUCCGAGACCACAAGAGUGGCCGCCCGCGGGAACUCAUGGGAAGGGAGAUCCCCACAUGGGUGUGGGAGGCCUACAGAGUCGUCGGCGUGUUUCUAUUCGGCUGCGCCUGCCAGCAGCUAACCACUGACAUCGCCAAAUACACCAUUGGGAGGCUGCGGCCGCACUUCUUCGAUAUCUGCCGGCCGAACAUAAACUGCACCGCGCCCGAGAACAAAUGGCGGUACAUCGUGGACUUUGAAUGUCUUCGCACGGACGAGCCCAAACUCAUCAAGGAGAUGCGGCUCUCGUUCCCUAGCGGGCAUUCUUCCUUCUCCGCGUAUACUAUGCUGUAUUUCUCAUUCUACCUCCACAAGCGCUUCACCUGGCGUGGCUCCAAGCUGCUCCGUCACGCCAUCCAGUUCGUGCUGAUCAUGCUGGCAUGGUACACCGUCAUGACACGAAUAUCCGACUAUAAGCACCACUGGAGCGACGUGUUGGCCGGCUUCAGCAUCGGGCUGCUGGUGGCCGUGAUUGUUUUCACAUUCGUGUCAAACCUCCGCAAGACACCACGGAACCGGCAACCCGUCAGCCACCACGACUCCGAGCUGCAGACCAACGGCAACGGCAACACCCGCUCGGCCUCCAGUUGGCGCGUUUGACAGUGCGACGACGAGUGACCGCAGCAGGUCAUCUCCCACGAGUAUUGAACCGCAAGUGUAGCUUAAUUGAACUCUUGAUUAUAACGCCAUCUGUGUUCGGUACUUGGAACUACGGCAACAGUUAUUGUUUGUUUACAAAUAAACGGCAAAACCUACACGACUUCAAGUUAGCGCGUCUGACAGGAAAUUGGCGUCAAAAGUAAUCUUACGAGUAUUGAACCACCGAUGACGACAUAAUUAUUUGAUGUUAGAAAAAGGAGGCAGCUAAUGAUAUCAACGCCAUCUGUGCUUGAUACUCGGAACUACGAUGCAACUUAGACUGAAGGAGAACCGUAAUUAUGAAUAUCGAUUUCACUAUUUUAAUUUAGAUUUUAUUGUGCGAGGUGGCUAAAAUAUUUGUCGAUGGCUAAUGCAAGUUCAUACUAGAUUCAGUCUUAAAUACAAGCGGUAGAUGGCAGUGUUAAAACAUUGUAUCGUAGACUUCAGUAAAUAUGAUUUAAAUAGAUAGAGAGUAGUUAGUACCAUCGCCCACACUGUUAACUGACCGACAUCGAUCUUAUGCCUUUUGUAAUAAGGUCCACCGAUGUACAGUUAGGAGUGUUGCUGUUUGUACAGUAGCCAUCAG